GAAGCGGAUCUGAUUUAGCAAAAGUUCGAGCUACCGGCAGAUCGGAUGAUGUCAGUGGAUACACUGGAUGCCAUCUAUCUCUGGCGACGCGUGGAUGUCUGAGAAAGCGGUGAUGAAGCAGAUGCUGUAAGCUCUAACAUGAUAAAUGAUACGAGUACCGUACGGCCCGUAUGGGCUAAACCCCAACGGGCCAGCACAUGAUUUCCGGGAGGCCAGGCUCGCUAGUAUUAAAACAGCUAAUCUCCGUCCGCCUUCAAAUUCUCUUUCCCCCUCCCUCUUUCCCAUCCCACUACUCUCCAUCGUCCCUCUCCUGCCAUCUCGCAGACAGACUCACAUCCUAUCCCUCGUCCUCUCUGAUACGUCCCUUCCUGUUUACUCCCAGUUAUCCUAUCCCAAUUCCAUCAAGAUGGCCGCCUCAUCAUCCAUCGACCACCUCGACAACAAGAUGAAGUUGCAGUGGCAUUCUCAGCUCACCACUGAGAUGGUCCCCGCAAAGAACUUCCGUCGCACCUCCAUCAUCUGUACCAUUGGUAUGUCCUGAUUCCCUCACUAUAGUAUCACGAGUGCCUUGUCUCUGACAUCAAAUCUGCGCGCAGGACCCAAGACGAACUCUCCCGAGAUGAUCAACAAGCUCCGCAAAUGUACGAUCGAAUGGACAAUGAACGUAGCAGGAAAUCGUAAAUGCGCUGACAACAUUCACAAUAGGUGGUCUUAACGUUGUCCGGAUGAACUUCUCCCACGGUAGCUAUGAGGUUGGUUGUCUCAUAUUUCCAAAGCUUGUCCGCACACUUCUAAACUUGCCCAGUAUCACCAAUCGGUCAUUGAUAAUGCCCGCGAAGCCGAGAAGGCCCAGGCUGGUCGCCCUCUCGCAAUUGCCCUGGAUACCAAGGGUCCUGAGAUUCGUACUGGAAACACCGUCGACAACAAGGAUUACCCCAUCAAGCAAGGCGAUGUGAUCAACAUCACAACUGAUGAGAAAUAUGCCACCAGCUCCGACAAUGUCAACAUGUCAGUAGGCCUGUUUCAAAUUCGAGCAAAUUGCCGCUGGGCUAACGGUUCUUCACCCACACAGGUAUCUCGACUAUAAGAAUAUCACCAGGAUGAUCGAGCCCGGCAAGCUCAUCUAUGUCGACGACGGUAUCCUCUCCUUUAAGGUGCUUGAAGUCGUAGAUGAGCAGAACCUUCGUUGCGAGUGCUUGAACAACGGCAACAUCUCUUCCAAGAAGGGUGUCAACCUGCCAGGCACCGACGUCGACCUUCCUGCUCUUUCCGAAAAGGAUAUUUCCGAUCUCAAGUUCGGUGUAAAGAACAAGGUAGACAUGGUUUUCGCCUCGUUUAUUCGUCGUGGAAGCGAUAUCCGUCACAUCCGUGAAGUCCUGGGUGAAGAGGGCAAAGAGAUCCAGAUUAUCGCCAAGAUUGAGAACCAGCAGGGUGUUAACAACUUCGAUGAAAUCCUGGAGGAGACUGACGGUGUUAUGGUUGCUCGUGGUGACUUGGGUAUCGAAAUUCCCGCACCCAAGGUUUUCCUUGCCCAGAAGAUGAUGAUUGCCAAGUGUAACAUCAAGGGCAAGCCUGUCAUCUGCGCAACUCAGAUGCUGGAAUCUAUGACAUAUAACCCUCGCCCAACUCGAGCUGAGGUGUCGGACGUUGCCAACGCCGUUCUCGACGGCGCAGACUGUGUCAUGUUGUCUGGUGAGACUGCUAAGGGUAGCUACCCAUGCGAAGCUGUCACCAUGAUGCACGAGACAUGUCUUCUCGCUGAGGUUGCAUUCCCUCACUUUAGCAUCUUCGAUGAGUUGAGGAACCUCGUCCCUCGCCCGGCUCCGACUGCCGAUUCCAUUGCCAUGGCUGCCGUAAGCGCAAGUCUUGAACUGAACGCUGGCGCUAUCGUAGUUUUGACCACCAGCGGUAAUACUGCACGUCUCCUUUCCAAGUAUCGCCCUGUUUGCCCGAUCAUCAUGGUCACCCGUAACGCUGCUGCUUCGCGGUAUUCCCAUCUGUAUCGCGGCGUAUGGCCUUUCCUGUUCCCCGAGAAGAAGCCCAACUUCUACCUCCAGAGCUGGCAGGAGGAUGUCGACCGCCGUCUCAAGUGGGCCAUCUCGAACGGUAUCAAGCUUGGUAUCAUCAGCCAGGGCGAUAACAUCGUCUGUGUUCAAGGCUGGCGUGGCGGCCAGGGCCACACUAAUACCGUUCGUGUGGUGCCGGCAGAAGAAAACCUUGGCCUGUCUGAGGAGUAAACUUGAUAAUAUCGGACGGCUAGUAUGCCACAAUGUUCUUCACUAGGACACCGACGGGCAUUGGAUAAACUAGUGUCAAUAUUCUUCUUUAUUGAAGUAGAAUAUUCGUCGAUUGCGGUACUACAACCGAAAACGUUGCGCCCUUCUGACCCUCCGUGCUGCAAGACUGACAAGACGAACGUUGCAUUUCAGCUACGUCGACUUGAGCCCAAGGGGCCUUCUUCGAGACGGACGACGAAGUUCUUGCGUUACGGAUUCAUGAUACCUUCUCUCCUGUUUUCCGGCAAAAAUAAUAAUUAGCCUUUUUUUGAUUGUCGCGACCAAGCUAUAGAUUCAUAUAUGUUGAUUGAGAUGAAUUGAACGCCCGGUUUCAGAUUAGAUGAAAAGAAGGCAUUGAAGUACACCACUUAACGUAGAGGACUUACAGUCUCGUUUUGCCGAGGAUAGCUAAGUAGCUACCUACAUCUUGGCAGCGCCGUAUAUCCCUCGAACACGAACAAACUGCUCGAAUCACAUAGGAAGGUAAAUAAUAAAAACGGAUGUAAAAUCCCUUUUAUAGACGAC